UCCUUUCGUUAUUUGCUAUUUAGAAUUAGUUUUUUUGUUGUCGCAUUUAUUAUGCUGUUUUUAUAUAUCUUUCUAUUUAGUUUUGUUAUUUUAAAAACUCCUUAUAUUACCAAUUUUAUUUUUCUAUAUGUAAUUUUAAUUAUUAAUCUUAAUCCAAUUAAAUUGAUAUAUAUUUAUGUUUUUUAUGCUAUGGAAUUAUACCAUAAGAAUGAGUUAUUAUGUUUGGACAAGCAUUAUAAACUGGUUUUAUAUUAUUAUUUUUUAAACACCCUUCUUAUUCAGUUUUAUUAUAAAAACUAUUGUUUUUAGAUUCAAAUACGCUUGUAUUUACUCCAAAAUUAUUCAUAGUAGUUUAAAACAAAUUCGACGAGUUUUUUUUCAAUGUUCUUUUGUCAAUUUAUGUAUUAUUUUGUUUACUAUUAUCAAUUUUUUUGUUCAAAAUAUUAUCAAAAAAUUCAAUAUUUUUUUAUUUUUAUAUCUAUUACCUUUGAGUAUCAGAACAACUAUAAAAAUAGGACUAUAACCAAUUUUAAGUAGCUUUUAAAUAAUCUUAUUAAACCAAUUAAUUUUUAGUAUUGCAAAUUUCUUUUAAAUGUUUUGCCAAACAUGAAAAAAUAGCGUUCAAAGUUUACAUAUUAUUAAAAAUUUAAUUAUCUUUUCGAUAUUUUUCAACCUAGUUAUUCCAUUUUAUUAAAUAAUCUUUUAAAGAUUGAAAUAUUUAGUUGUUUUAAAGAAAUAUACUGGAUAUGUUUUAUACAUUAACUUUAUUUAAUUUAGGCUUUUGGUUUAUUUUAAUUAUUUAAUCUAGGUCUUCAUGGCAGUAUUCGAGACGGUUUUUUAGUAUUUCGUCAGUGUCGAUUUUGUUUAUUAUUUAGUUUACCCAUUUUUGGGACAGCAUUCUUUUAGUUUUAUUAAUAUUUUGUUUAUUUUUUUGUUUUU